UCCAAUUCCUAUCUGACACGCAUCAUUUAUAUCAUUUUGCCCUCGUAACUAGACGUUCUCAUACUUUGAGCUUCCUCUCCGCAUAACACCUUCGUGACGUCAUCAAUCAUCACCUCACGCGAUCAGUCCUUGCAACCUCUCGAACUUCCCAGAAGCGUGAUUUUUCUUUCAGAAAGCCAUUCGCUUCAUAUCAAUUCUUCAUACCUUGACUUCAUACCUUAAACAUCACAAUAAACAAAACAAUAUGCGUGCCAACGAUCCCAGCUCCAAGGUCUUCUACAAGGGCAACUCCGACGACUUCAUCGUCUUCGUCGAGGACCCCGCGGCCCUCAAGAACUGGAAGAACGACCGCUCAAUUCCCCUCUCCGAUGUGGUAAACGGUUUCAAGAUCUUCGUUACUCACAGACACGGAUCCCAGGGUGUUCUGGACGGCGCCAGCAACGCCAGUCUGGACAAUGAGUUCGGGACUCACAAUAUCGACGAUUGCAUUGUGAAGAUUCUGGAGAGGGGGACUUUCCAGACUUAUACUCAAACCGAGCACCAGGCCGACACGAACAUGACCAAUGGGCCUGCUUUCCGGUAGAUUGAGGUCACGGUUGUGGUUGUUCCUCAUGGGCUAUGCUGCACUACAUUCUAUGAGCGAUGAUGAUUUAUGGGUUUCCCUCACCCGGUGGAAGGAAUCUGGAGAUAUGUACCUUAUGAUAGCCCCAUUCAAUGAAGUAUGGAUAGCGGGCUGAGCUUGCUGUCCUGGUAUCAAUACUGAGUUCCAAGUCACUGUGUCAAAAAAGUUGUCGUAGAUCAGUAUUGUGUCUAUAUACCUAUGGCAGUAGUCUAUAUGCAUCAUUGGCUAGGCAGCUUGCCCGCAAGAGCCUCCCGGCGC